CGCGGGCUCGGGGACCGACGGGGCAGCCCCAGUCUCCCCACCCUAGGCGCGCAGAUCCCGCAGAUCCGGCCCUUGGGCCGCCGCCCCCUUCACCGCGGACUUGCUAACUACGAUGCCCUCCUAGCUAGCCGUCGCGGGAUGGAGGGCUUCAUGGACUCAGGGACACAGACGGACGCUGUGGUGGUGCUGUCCUUGGCUCAGGCUGCCGUGCUUGGCCUGGUCUCCGAAAAUGAGCUCUUUGGAGCUACCAUAAGCGCUGAGGCCUUCUACCCGGACCUGGGGCCCGAGCUUUCUGGAGCAGCCAUGGGAGAGCCCGGGCCACCAGGCCCCGAGGUCUACCAGCUGGCCUGCAACGGGAGGGCCUUGGAGGAGCCGGCAGAGGAGGAGGUGCUGGAGGUGGAGGCAGCCUUCGAGAAGCACACCCGGCGGAAGACGCGGCCACCUGUGCGGCUGGUGCCCAAGGUCAAGUUUGAGAAGGUGGAGGAGGAGGAGCAAGAGGUCUAUGAGGUUUCUGUGCCGGGUGACGACAAGGAAGCAGGGCCAGCAGAAGCCCCCACCGAGGCAGCCAGUGGCGUACAAGUCGUCAAGCAGCACUCCCUCACCCACAAGGGCGUGAAGGAGUUCAAGUGCGAGGUGUGUGGCCGGGAGUUCACCCUACAGGCAAACAUGAAGCGGCACAUGCUGAUCCACACCAGCGUCCGGCCCUACCAGUGCCACAUCUGCUUCAAGACCUUUGUGCAGAAGCAGACCCUCAAGACCCACAUGAUUGUACACUCGCCCGUGAAGCCAUUCAAAUGCAAGGUGUGCGGGAAGUCCUUCAACCGCAUGUACAACCUGCUGGGUCACAUGCACCUGCACGCGGGCAGCAAGCCCUUCAAGUGCCCCUACUGCUCCAGCAAGUUUAAUCUCAAGGGCAACCUGAGCCGGCACAUGAAGGUCAAGCAUGGCGUCAUGGACAUCGGCCUGGACAGCCAAGACCCCAUGAUGGAGCUGACAGGCACUGACCCUUCUGAGCUCGACGGCCAGCAGGAGAUGGAAGACUUUGAGGAGAACGCCUACAGCUAUGCGAGCGUGGACAGCAGCGCCGAGGCCAGUGUCCUCACUGAACAGGCCAUGAAAGAGAUGGCCUACUACAAUGUGCUAUAGCACGAGCUGGGCCACCCCCAACGGGGACCAGGGGGGCCAGGGAAUGGGGGUGAGACCCAUGGGCUGCAGGCUGCACCUCCUGCAGCCAAGAAACAAGCUACUGCCCCACUGUUCUGAGCCCUCCCUCCCCAAGUCAUUUGCACCACUAGGGACCUUUAGACCAAAUGGAGACUGUACUACUGGCCCCGGCUGUGAGCCAGCACAGGCCCAGGCAUCCCAGCAAGGGAAGGAGAACACGAGGCCCAGAUCUGAGUCUCCCUGGCCUGCUUCCAUGGGGGGUGGGAGAAGUAGGGCCACUGGGGACAGGUCACAAGGGCACAGGCCCUCGGGGUCUCUCCAGGCCCAGCAGAGCUCUUCAGGGGUCCUGACACUGGAAGAAGAGACCACUUGAGCCAUGUCUUUGUCACGGCCAACUCCUGCCUCUACAGAUGUCUGAGCUCCCUUCUGGCCAGUACUGCCCACCCCUCCCUUGUCCAGGCCCCCUUCCCUGCCCUGUCGACAGACUGCCAGGCAGGGCACUCUGCCUUCUACCUCCCGGGGUCUCCCACGUGCUCUUCAAGCCAGGCAUGCACGUGGCCCUGGCCCUGGCCUGCAGGACAGCUGGGGGGAGCCCAGCCCCCAGAAGACCCCUGUCCUACAUCCCUUCCUGGAAGCGGGUGUCCCUAAAGUGGAUUGCAACACGUCAUCCACUUCGGCCCUAGCUGGAACGCCUCACCAGGGGGCCCCCACCAGGAACAAAGCCGGGACAGGCCCUGCGUCGGGCACACACUAACAAAAACCAGAAGCAUGGGGCAGAGCAGGGCAGAAUGAGGGCACCACGGGGGACCAAGAAGGGUUGUCCUUGGGGAAGGCCCAGGACCACCUGCGGGGGAGGGGGACCGCAGUCAUUUCUUAUUCCUCAGUGUCCACCUUGCGACGGGGAUAACCACAAGUCAGCAGCUCCCCGGAAAGAGCAACGUAUUUAAAAAAGGAAAGUGAAGCCCACAGAGGGAAAUCAAGGGUUUUUUUGAGCAAAGGGGGUCUUCUGAAGGUAACUUAUUUUUUUCUUUCCAACUGUGUGUCACCUAUGACCUUUUCUGAUGGAGAUGCAUUUUCUUUUUCCAAGCUAAGCUUCCUCGUGUGCUGUGCGUGCUUCCUUCCUACCCACCCACCCCGAGCAGCCUGGCCGGGCAGGACCGGGGCUCCAUGGGGACCGUCACACUGGCCCUGGAGGUGCAGCCGCUGGCAGCAGCCUCAGCAGGCUGGGGUGGGAGGCAGGAGAAAGCAGAGCUGGAAAGCCCUCCACCCCUGUCUGGCUCCUGCAGUUGCUGAUUUGCUCCAUCCCAUGUCCCAUCCUCGGCUGUCAGGGCUGCUGACUCUGCUCAGCCAAGAGCUAGCUCUCUCGCUCGCCUGCUCUCUUCCCCUCUGUUCCCACGCCAGCUCCUGCCCCUGGAACCAGAGACGACAGGCCCAGGGCAGUGAAAUAUCACAUUCAGGAACUCUAGGGCACGCGGACCCCCACCCACUUGCCUCCUGAGGCCUCAGUGGGGAGUGGCAAGCAGGAGUCGUCCCCAAAGGCACAGAUGAAGCCACUAACUUCAGCCUAGAAACCCGGAGAGGGGAACAGCCUCGGGUGGGAGGAACCAAUCUGCAGCGCAGCCACCCCCAAGGCUGGAUCCUUAAGUGAAGGACCAAGCCAGGCCUCAGGGUGACUGUGAUCAGGACUGAGGAUGGACAAGGUGGCCCAAGUGUGGCUCCCAGACCCCAAGGCCCCACAACCUCCCAGGUGCCCGCCAUGAUGACCCUCAGGUGGCAGUGACCCCGUCACUGCACAAGACAUUUUCUCCUGCUGAGCAGAAGGCAUCAUCCCCUGCAACUACCUCUUCCUACAACGUCUUUCUCCCCUGGUACCAAAAAGAACCCUGUACCUCCUCCUCCUCCUCCCACCUGCCAGUGCAGUGGCCUUGGUCUUGGAAACUGAAGGGAGAAGGUCUGGCCCCCGGGGUGGGGCUCUCCUUUCCCUCCCCCAGCCCCGCUGUCAGCACUGGCCCUCUGUGAGGUUCGAUACUUGAACGCCCCCUGCCCUGUGCCUUGGACCUGGGCAAAGCUAGGAGGAGGAAACAGCACAACUCACAGUUUGAGCUGGGGGGUGGUCUCGGCAAGGCUCCUGUCUGCACCCCUCCCUACACUUCUCAAAAGAGGUGCACAGCCUCUCGGGUGACUUGGAAACUCCUGGACAAAUUCCAUUCUAACUUAUUUUGACAUGUAUACAAACCAACUGUUUAGAGAUUCCACUUGUGCAAAGCCCUACUGUGUUUUUAUGUUCCUGUUUAAAAGAGAAGUUUACUUAGCAAUAAUUAUAAAUAAAUGAAUAUUCUUUAGUGAGGUGACUGCAAAUGCUUCUUUCCCCAGCUCUUGGGGACCUGGCCCUCACCCCUAGUAGGAACUCUCAGCAAAACUUCCCAGCCCCACACAGCAGGGCUGCACUCUCCAGGGGCAGCCCAGGGGAGGCUGAGACCAUCCUCUGCACUGGAAUGGCCACCUGCAGGGCCAGGCGCCUACAGCCACUGCCCCAGGCCCAAAAGAGUCAAGCCAGCCAAGGCCCCUGCAUUCCCAGCACUUGCAGAGAAAAGCUGCUUCCCCUCCCUACCCACCCACAUGGCUUCAGGAAAGAAGCCAGCUCCCGAUGCCAGGCUGGGCUUCAGAGGCUGCAUUCAGCAGAGCUGCCAGCCCUGUGCUGAUGACAGGCAAGAAGAGGCAGGAAACCUUGAGCUUCUUCCCAGGGGCUGGGCCUGCUGGAGCCAGCAGUCCACAUUUCUUCUUACAGCCCUGAGAGUUUCAGGGCAUUACUCAGGAAGAGGAAGCGGGGGGUCACCAGUGUGGGUGGAGGGCUAGAGCCCUUCCAAGGCCACUCGGUCUACAGCAAUGGUCAGGUUUCAGGAGCCAUAGGAGUCCCCCUAGUAUUUAGGAAAGGGACUUUGUAAGAUGGGAUUUUGAGAGAUGGGGUCUCACUCUACUCAGGUGCAAUCAUAGCUCACUACAACCUCAAACUCCCGGCCUCCCAAAGUGCUGGGACUGUAGGCAUGAGCCACCACACCUGGCCAGGACUUUAUAAAGAUUAUACAACUCUUCUCCAGGACAUUUUAACAGCAAAAAGUAGACGCUUUGCAGAACUUACUAUGCAGCAGACAGUCCUUUUGAUUAUAUGUAGCUUUAGAGCAACUUUUAUUUUUCCUUUUUACAUGGGGCUAAAGAACUUGCAUAGAGCAAUUUUUGUUUGUUUUUGAGACAGUCUUGCUCUGUCACCCAGG